GGGUGCUUUGAGUUAAUCCGUAGCUAUUCGUAGUUCCAGACGAAAAAAGAGAGACUACACGAACAAAAGUGUGUGCGGCCCCCGGAGCUCUCCGGUUCUGCCCAUUUAAUCCUUUCCGGCGAUACAUAAUCGCGAAUGGACCCCGUCACAGCUUUGGAGCUUGUGAAGCAUGGAGCGACGCUUCUCCUCCUCGAUGUUCCUCAGUACACUCUCGUCGGCGUCGACACUCAGAUAUUCUCUAUUGGUCCUGCGUUCAAAGGGAUUAAGAUGAUUCCACCGGGCAUUCAUUUUUUAUACUACAGCUCCUCCAGCAGGGAUGGCAAGGAAUUUUCACCUGUAGUUGGUUCCUUUAUUGAUGUUGGCCCCUCAGAGGUAAUUGUUAGGAGGUGGGAUCUACAAGAGGAACGCCUAGGUAAAAUUUCUGAGGAAGAGGCAGAGAGAUUUGCCGGAGCAGUUAAGCGUUUGGAGUUUGAUGGUAACCUUGGUCCUUACAAUCUAAGCCAUAAUGGAGAAUGGAAGAGACUGUCCAACUAUAUCACGAGGAGCAUUAUUGAGCGAAUAGAACCUAUUGGAGGAGAAAUCAUGAUCACAAGUGAAUCAGGAAUGGCUCACAAUGUCUCUAAGACAUCCGUGGAGAAAGCUUUAGAUGAGCAAUUGAUGAACAGCAAGUUCUCCAUUUCGACAUCUACUGACAAGUCAACGAAGAGAGGAUGUUACUAUACAUCGAUUCCUCGCACUAUCAAACACAGAGGAAUAAAUGCAAAUGAGCUUACUUCUUUAAAUCUUGACAAGACAGAACUACUUGAAGGCAUUUUGAUGAAAGAUUAUGGAGGUAGGGAAGAUGUGCUUCUCGGAGAGCUACAAUUUGCGUAUGUGGCAUUUUUGAUGGGGCAGUCGCUUGAAGGGUUUUUGCAGUGGAAAUCUAUGGUCUGUCUUUUGCUUGGUUGUAUAGAAGCUCCUUUCCACACAAGGAGUCAACUAUAUACUAAGUUCAUCAAGGUAAUCUACUAUCAACUAAAAUAUGGACUGCAGAAAGAUAAGGCAGAUACCAAUGCUGCAGGUUUAGGAGUAUCAACACUGUUAGAUGAGUCAUGGUUUGGUGCUGAUAGUUUCUUGCAUCAGCUUUUUAAGGAGUUUUUUUCGCUGGUACAAGAAGCUUCUGUUGUAGAUGGGGAUCUUUUGACAUGGGCUAGGAAACUGAAAGAGUUGGUGGAGAACGAGUUGGGUUGGGAGUUCCAGCAUGGCAGUGCAGUUGAUGGGAUCUACUUUGCGGAAGAUGACGAGGUAGUUAAGGCUCUGUUUCCACUUUAUUCUAUUAACUGUUAGUCUCUCUGGUAUGUUCAAUUUUUGCCAUUUGUUUUUUUUCCUACUGAUGCAGUAUGCGCCGGUGGUAGAGAUGCUCGAAGACCAAAGUAUAUGAAUGGAGGUCCGGGGUAAAACGAUUACCCUUUCUCAGAAGAAUCCUAAGUGAAAUGUUGAAAGUGAUGCCACGACAGUCGGAAGCACAAUCCAAAGUGGUAUCUGCUGUAUUUUGGCCUUGUGGUUGUAGUAAACUGUUGGAGGAUGCACCUUCUGUUUUAUCCCCCCGAUAAUUUGCACCUUCUGUUAUGUUAUGCGUACUUGUUGUCUUUUGGGGGAGCAGAUGAGGUGUGCUCAUAGUUCAGACUGGAACGGAGAAAGGGGUCUUUUGCAGUCUUGGGGUGUGGUUGUACAGUUUAUUAUUCGGUUCUGCCUUUGGCUAGCAUCUCUGGUUGCAUUUUUCAUCUGUAUGUUUGCUGUCAUGAAAGAAUCGUAUAGUCGGUAUGCUUUCUAGAUCUUCAACUUAUAGAAUUUUGUUUGGUACUAUAUGCAAAUUCUUAACGAAUGAACUUUAGCUCCCUAUAUCCUAAUUGGUGUUGAAU